AUGCUCCUUAACGGCACCGUCCCUCUGUCGGUGGAUUUCAACACUCCGGAAGACUUCAUCAUCUUCAUCUUCCACAUUCUGUUCGCAACAAGCGCCGUGCUCGUCGCCGGCUCGGUGGUCAUCGGGAUCUCUUCCUCCCGGUCUCUCCGAGGCCAGAACCGGUUUAUAUUCAUGUUGAACACGAGCAUCAGUGACACUCUGACCGGCUUCUCGGUCUACUACCUCGGCCUCUUCGACGUCCAAGAGGGCUAUCCCUCGAGGAAUGGGACAUACUAUAUUUUACCCUCAUUCCUGGGUGUCAAUGUGUUAACCUUCCUCUUUGCUCAGUUUGACCGCUACUUUGCCGUGUGCCAUCCAUUCUUUUACAACCGCUACAUAACGCGGGGUUUUGUCAUUGGAAUUUGCGCCUUUUGCUGGAUUUACACAUACUCCAUCCUCACGGUGCAGAAUAUGGUGCCCAUCUCAAAGGCGGCGCAAAUAAACGCGUUUGGUGUAAUGACUCUACAGAUUAUAGUUCUCAUUAAAUUAUUGAUGACAAUUAAAUUAUACAUCAUAGCCAGGAAUCACCUGGUGAGAGAGGCGCCCAGCGCUGAGAGAGACAACAAGAAGGAGUCGCUGCGCAUCAUUGUGUUUGUGGUUAUUUGUUUCUUGGCCCUGUGGUGUCCAUCCUUUGUCAAUAUAAUUGUCAGACAGUUGACUAGGAAAGGUCUGAGGUUUAAAAAUGAGGCCACUAACCUGUUCGCCAUCAUGGCACGCCUAAAUGCACUGGUCACCCCGGCUCUGUACAUCUGGGGCAGCCCGGCGCUGCGGGGGGUUAUAUGGAGAAUAGUGUGGCGGAGGAUCUGCCCCAGACGGAGGCCAAGGUCGGUCUCAACAGUUACCGUGAUUUAA